ACGUUAGAUGAAAACAGUCGAGAUGGAGGACUCCUUCAUGUCGCACUGGUGGCUGCUCGGAGCCAUCAUCUGCACUUUGCUGUUCGUGUUGGGAGUGAUUGGGAAUGCGCUGACCAUCGUGAUUUUAGCCAAGAACAAAAGCUUGAGAUGCCCCUCCGCCUAUUUUAUUUCCAGUUUGUCAGCCAGCAACUUGCUUGUGUGUUUGAUUUUGGUGCCGGUGAUGAUUUUCGACUUCCUCAACUACUCCAAUUGGGAAUUGAGCGAGGAGCUGUGCGCCGUCAGCUCAUUAAUCGGAUACGGCAACGGACCAACCUCAAUCAUCAUGAUUGCCCUCCUCUCUUUCUCGAGCUAUGUCAAAAUCACGUGCACAAGGUCGACUGCAGCCAAAUUGCUCGGGAAGACGCGAAUGUGGAUGAUGAUUAUUGUGGGAUGGAGCAUUGGCUAUGGGUUCACGGCCGCUGCUUUGUUUGGAGUUUGGGGCAACAUCCACGUUGACGAAGGAACGGGCUACUGCAUCAACAAUGGCACGAUUGCAGGACAAAAAAGCGAGGUCUUCAUUGCCAUCGCGAUCUUCAUGAUUGCGUUGCUGGUCAUUUCCUACAGCUUCAUCAGAAUAAGAAAUGCGCUUUCCAUCUCCAAAAUUGGCAGGCACGACGACGAGCUGGUGUACGCGAAGAUGGUUUUUGCCGUUUUCUCGAUUUACGUGCUCUGCUACCUGAUCCCGUCGAUUCUGCUUUGGGCGAAAAAGGAUUACAGGUCAUCUGGAGCUCUCUACGUAACCUACCGGAUUCCGCCACUGCUCUCUGCAAUCAUCAAUCCGAUAAUUUACUACAAGAUGAACGAAAAGUACAGGGCAGCUUACAAAAAUCUGAGAGGCUGCAAGGCCAUGGAGGAAGUGGACUUUUACAGAGAGGAACAAAAUUUGCCCAUGUAGAAUCAUGUUAGCUUUGCAUUUACACAAAUAUAUUUGUUUGUAAACUAGCGUAAUGAUGAUUUAGGCACUAAACUCGUUUAAUUAUGUUCAGUUGAAAUUAACAGCAAGCGAGAUGUUUAAUUUUUUGUAUUUCUUCAUUUAUCCCCUUCUCGAAUAGUUUUGGAUGCUGGGGUAACUCUUAGACAGGAAAGCAAGCUCAUGAAUUAGGGUUGCAACCAGCAGCUGAAACUAGUUGAGCAGGAAAUUUCUGUAGUUAUACGAGAAAUCAAACAGCUUGGUAUUAAUCGAGGAAACUGCGUUAAAUUUUAACUGAAUUUUUGACAACCACAAGUGCAUCUACCUUCAUUAGAAUAAAACCAGAAUAGUUUAAAUAUUUCUUUUGUAAAAUUAUUAUGGAUUAAGUGCAUGUAGAAGCUAAAUAAACACCUAUUUCAA